AUGACUACACACAUGAUACCACGCAAAGAGGUCGGACAGCCCUGUCCGGCCCAUCUGAAAGAAAUACACGCUACGCACACUACAUCAGAAUCAGGCUGGGACAUUCCCGAGAAAGGUCUACAAAAGAGAGACACAGGCCUUGGUGCCAUCACGGGCGCAUCGCCAUGGGCGCUUGCAGAUCGCUUUGAUCACAUAUUCCCGCCUUACAAACGAUACUUUGGACGCAGUCGGCGCACUGUAUUAAUCGUCAUUGGUGUUUUUUUCCUAUGCCUGCUGGCUCUGAUCAUAGGUUUGGCUGUUGGGCUGAGAGGGCGAUCUAAGACCCAGAAUCUUCCCUUGCCUGGCGGAGCUCAAACCUAUACAGGUGAUCUUACUUACUACGAUCCUGGGCUUGGUGCUUGCGGUAUCGAUUCAGGAGAUGAUGAUCCAGUGGUUGCGAUAUCGCAUUACACCUUCGAUGCUGCUCAGACAGGUAGUGAUCCGAACCAGAACCCGCUGUGUGGGAGGAAGAUUCGAGCGAGGAGAGUUAAUGAGUCGACUGGCAAAUCAGUUAGUAUUGAUGUGACUGUGAUUGAUAGAUGUACAGGAUGUCAGCCAACAGAUAUCGAUGUCAGUCCUGCCAUGUUUGACAAGAUGGCAGACCAUGCUCUAGGACGAGUCACUGUUACGUGGGCAUGGUUGUGA